AGCGACUGAAAAACAACAACAAGGAAUUUCAGACAAUAGCAAGUGCAGAUGGUGACCCACACCUCCCAGGGAUGUUGGUCUCUUUCAGUUUAGUAAUAAUAACAACGGGUAUUUGUGACAGGUGCUCUACGUGCAUCAUUUCCUUGAACCCUCACAUUGGCAAGUGAAGAAGGUCCCCCUUUGUAUGUUAAAAACUUCCCUGGCAGUCCAGAGGUUAAGACUCUGGGCUUACACUGCAGGGGGCAUGGGUUUGAUUCCUGGUUAGGGAACAAAGAAAUUCCCCAUGGCAGCACAGCACUAUCAAAAAAAAAAAAAGACAACUUUCCCAGGGACACAGAACUGGUGCAUGGGUGGAGCUAUGCCUUGAGCCCAGGUCUUUCUAACUCCAGAUGCUGAAAUUGUAGAAUUAGUGCCUUCAUGAUGAAAUGAAGGGACCUCACUGCCUUGGUUUCUUGUUUUCCAACAGUCAGACUUGAAAAGCUGUCAGGGAAGUGCUUCAGGCUACAUCAUGGGCCCAUGAUUGGCUUGCAACAGGCACUUUCCAAGCCUGACCUGGGACACUAAAUGCAAAAAACACUCAGUCCUUACCAUGUUUAUCUGGCUAGUUCUGGGUACAAGUUCUCAUUCUUCCAGACUCCUCCCUGUGCUCUCUAACUCAUACUUGGUGUCUCACCCUCCUGUCCCCACUAAAGGCAUUCAUAGACUUAACCAUGGUGCCAGCCUCUGUGUUGCCAGCCUCCUUCAGUCUUCAUAAUAAUCUUGCCAGGAGGCACAGUAAGUACACCCAUUUCAAAGAUGGAGAAACUGAGUCCCAGAGACUCAGCUUACACGGAGCUAAGCAGCAGAGCUGGGAUUAGACACCUGGUUUCUGUGACACCAGAGCAUACUCUAUGCAACCUCCGUCUCCACCUCAUCUGCUGGGUGGUACCCUUUCUCACAUCAAGCUCACUGACUCCUUUUGAUGUCUCCCUGUGUCUGUCCUCCUAGUUUGGAUGAAGAUGCCAAGUUGCUCAGGCUCCUGGCUCUCCAGAUGCUUCAUCACACUGGUCUUCCUCCAGCUGCCUUUGCACAUGUCAGCCGAAUCUCCAGGGAGCUUCUCGCCAUCAGCUGUGGCUCUUACUGUGAUCCUACCUGUUCUGGGGAUUUUCAUCAUGGUGGGCAUUUACAUCAUCUGGAAGCAAAGAAAGUCAAAAGAGAGGCUUCUCUAUGAACAUGCGAUGGAGGUAGAAAAUCUUCUCUCAGACCAUGCAAAAGAAAAAGGACGACUCCAUAAAGCCCUCAAGAAACUCCGGAGAGACCUGAAGUUAAAAAGAGCUGCAGCAAACUCAGGCUGGAGAAGGGCCCGGCUGCACUUUGUGACUGUGACCCUGGACCCAGACACAGCGCAUCCCAAACUCAUCCUGUCUGAGGACCGCAAGUGUGUGAAGCUUGGAGACACAAGGCAGCCCGUGCCCGACAAUCCCGAGCGAUUUGACUUCGUUGUCAGCGUCCUGGGCUCCGAGUACUUCAUAGCUGGCUGUCACUACUGGGAAGUGUCUGUGGCAGACAAGACCAAAUGGGCCCUGGGGGUGUGCAGUGAGUCAGUGAGCAGGAAGGGGAAGGUCACCGCCUCGCCCGCCAACGGACACUGGCUCCUGCGACAGAAUCAAGGGAAUGAGUACGAGGCCCUCACAUCCCCACAGACCUCCUUCCGCCUGAAAGAGCCCCCGAGGUGCGUGGGGAUUUUCCUGGACUAUGAAGCAGGAGUCAUCUCCUUCUACAACGUGACCAACCAGUCCCACAUCUUUACUUUCACCCACAGUUUCUCCGGCCCCCUCCGCCCUUUCUUUGAACCUUGCCUUCAUGAUGGAGGGAAAAACACGGCACCUCUAAUUAUCUGUUCUGAACUCCAGAAACCAGGGGAAUCAACUGUCCCCAACACAGAAGAAAAAGGCCAGGCUAAUGGAGAUGUGGCCCUGCAGGUGGACCCUUUCUUGCUCCCUGCUCAGGCAUCAGAGCUCAUCCCACUCAGAGAUAUGAUCCUGUCCUGGUCCUCUGACCUUGGCCCAGCCCUUCAGGGGCUCAAGGUUCCUUCUUUUUAGGGAUGGGCCUCAUCACCUGAUUCUCAGACUCUCUAGCCCAGUGCCCUGGACUUCAGUCUCCUGGUCCAGUGAUUCUGGACCAUCUCCUCUCCUUUCACCCAACCCAAACCCCUUUAUGGUUUCUCUUGCACCACCUUUCUCCCAGGGCUCAGUAUUAGAAUUUCUGGGAACUUGAAGUUUCCAUUGCCCUGGAAGAAUUCUUGAAAACCAAAUGAACAAUCAGAUUAGGUUUAGGUGAUGGUGUGGAAUGUGUGUCACUGAGAUACAGGGACUCUGUACUCAAGGGGCUUCUUAAAAGCCUUCAUCCUGCCUCACCCUGCACUCAGGCUUGCAGUUAUGGAGUUAGGAUGCCCAGUCCUGACUUAUCACAUCAAGAAUUGCUUUUCUCCUUUUCUCAGUUCAGGCCUCUAACCAAACUUUUUUUGGAUCACAUACUCUUCCUUCUUUCUUCUGGAAUAUAGAGCAGAGGGCCAGAGGGAUUUAAAAAAAGAAAGUCACUGUUUUCUAUUUCCUUGAUGCUAUCUACAACAUACUUUGGUGACAUGCAGAACUGUGGGUGUGUUAAGUAACUCAGUUGUGUCCGACUCUUUGCGACCCUAUAGACUGCAGACUCCUCCGUCCAUGGGGAUUCUCCAGGCAAGAAUACUGGAGUGGGUUGCCAUGACCUCCUCCAGGAAAUCUUCCCAAUCCAGAGAUGGAACCUAGGUCACCCACAUUGCAGGCAGAUUCUUUACCAUUUGAGCCACCAGAGAAUGUUUUCCAAGCUAACUUGGUGAUAGCCAGGUAUGGGGACUUUAAACGUGGUAGCCGUAAUCUUAAUUUUGAAAAACCUAAGGAUCACCAUCACGAAGAUAGGAAGCAAGGCUUCAUACAGAGUAGCCCAGCUGUGUGUGGCCUUGAAAAAGCAGCUGUGAGGGAGGCCCUGUGUUACAUUGAUCCUUUUGAAUCCCCUCUGAGAUUCAGAGAGGAAUUUUUUGUUUGCUUUUGUACAGUCCUUAAAUAAAAGCUUGGUAUUUGGCAUGCUCUUAUUUUCAUUGGGAAUGAGAAGUUGUGGGGAAAGGCUUUGGGCUGAUAAGCAAAAGGCACAUUACAAGACUGCUUUUGAAGAGCCUUGAUUCCACCCAUGAGAGUUUAACCACAGUUAAAAAUAAAGCCACAGUUUUAUAUCUGA